GCGGCAGAAGAAGCCGAAGAAGACGCAGAAGCAGCAGAAAGAGACGAAGAAGAUCCAGCAGCAGAAGUAGAGGUGUAAUGUUGCACUUAGCAUAUGCAUAUUUAAAGCUCUGUAAUUGAUCGUUUUCUUUCUCAGUAAAUUCAAAUCUGCGCCUUCACAUCUUCGGCAACACUAUGAGCACGUUAUGGAUGGGAAACCUGGAAACCUACAUGGAUGAGAAGUUUAUCACCAGAGCCUUUUCCACCAUGGGAGAACAGGUGGUUAAUGUGCGGAUCAUACGUAACAAGAUGACAGGUGUGUCAUCACCCAGGGGUGCUCUGGGUUAUUGCUUUGUGGAGAUGACAGAUGAGGCCACCGCUGAGAGGUGUCUCCGCAAAAUCAACGGAAAAGCUUUACCAGGGGCCAACCCGCCAACAAGAUUCAAGUUAAACCGAGCCACCUUUGGGAAACAAGAAAGUGGUCAGAUGUUUUCUCUGUUUGUGGGGGAUCUAACACCCGAGGUGGAUGAUGGGAUGCUUUAUGAGUUCUUUUACAACCGCUACCCUUCCUGCCGUGGUGGAAAAGUGGUGCUGGACAGCAUGGGCAACUCCAAGGGGUGUGGCUUUGUUCAGUUCCCAGAUGAGCGGCUGCAGAAGCGGGCGUUAGAGGAGUGUCAGGGUGCUGUGGGACUGGGUGGUAAGCCUCUGAGGCUGAGCCUGGCUGCUAACAAUUUAAGGAACAGACCGCAGCAGCAGCAGAAGCAGUCAGACAAAUCCUGGCAGCCCAGUUCAGUAUACAGACACAGCUAUGACCAGUACGACCAGUAUAACCAGUACCAGCAGCAAGCCUAUCCUGGGUAUUACUCAUCAUGGGGCUACGACCAGAGUGGAGGAGGGUAUGGCUACAACUAUCAGCAGUAUGAUUACACACAGUAUCCUCCACCACAGGAAAGUGAAGCUGUUGAGGAUGAUGGACUUGAAGAUCCCAGUCCGGAGCUGGAUGUGGUGGAGGCCAACAGGAAGUUCAUGGAGCUCAGUGAGGAGCUGUAUGAUGCUCUGAUCGAGUGUCACUGGCAGCCUGCAGAGUUCUCUAUAGAACAGGAGUACACCUCUUCCAGCCUACCUGAGUCCAUUUACUGCUGAAACGGAGCACAUUUUCUUCUCUGCUCUUUACCCUUCCUGAGGUCUUCAGAAUUUUUUACAGUGUGUAUAAUUUUUUUUUUUAAAGGACACAAAAGAAACAAGACUUUGUAAUACUAUACUGUCUUCAAGGGUGUAAUCCAGUUGAAAUGUACUGUCAGUACACAAAGUUUGGAGUUACAAAAAAUAUUUUUGGUUUAUUUAUGAAUCUACAAAACACUGGCGCUGAAUGUUAAAUCGUAUUUCCUGCAUAGUUUAAAAAUAAAACAGAUAUGAAAAGUAAAAUCAAAUUAAACAAUCAAAUCUUAAGACAAACUCAAUCAAUAUAAACUCAACCAUCCAACAACCAAAUACACACCAGGAAUCAGGUGUACAUUGACAUCACCUGGACAUUACUAUACAAUCACGUCAUCAGUAUUAAACAUAUGUACUGACAUGUCCGGUAAUAGGCACAAUACUCAUCCUAUAGAGUGUACCAUCAUUAAAGCCUAGUUGAAUGCGAUUAUGGCAUCUUCUGAUUAUUCUAAAGACACAUGUUUUUGUUUACUUUCAGUCCAUUCAUGCUAUACCCCCAGGUCACAUCCAUGUCUCUUUUGAGAGACAUGGCAGAGAUUUUUAG